GGCUCACAUGAUCCGGACAUGGACGAAUAAUUUCCCCGCCCAUAGGAGACUAGACAUUAUAUGAACGAUUCUCAUUGGCUAAUAUGAUAUUAAUUCCACUUGGACUAUUUUAUCUCCAGUAAUCUCCUUUUAUCGUGCAAGGACAAUCCAUUGGCACUUCUGAAACACAGAAUAGUGAAUCUAUGUGAUGCUGACACGAAGUUAUGGAUGGCAGAUGAACUGUAACGGCAAUGUAUAUAAAUAGACCAGAUAGGUCGGGUUAGUUUCUCGUUCCCAUAGGCUUCCGACCGUAAUAUAUUACUUCUCUCUUUGAUCUAAGACUUACGUUAGCACGCAAUCGUUUCUGUACCUGCAAAGCAUCAUGUCAAAGCUCUGGAACUUUCUUGCCAUGGUCUGGUACCAGCUGACUUUCAAGGCUCAGCCACUCCCCGAUGAUAUUCGGCUUGAUGGACUAACGGCCAUCGUGACGGGCGCGAAUGUUGGCCUAGGCUUCGAAGCCGCUAAGGAGCUAGCAUCUCACGGGCUAUCAAGGUUGAUUUUAGCUGUGCGCGAUCUAUCCAAAGGAGAGGCAGCAAAGGCCGAAAUUUCUCGGGAGACACCUGAAUGCGAGAUUCUGGUAUGGCAACUAGAUCAGGAGUUGUGGGUAAGUAUGGUGGCGUUCGCUAGGCGCGUGAGCACCGAACUUGAUCGUCUCGACAUCGUGCUGCUGAAUGCGGGGUUGAAGCGGCUUGAGUUUACUCGGUCGCCGACAGGCCACGAGGCACACAUUCAAAUCAACCACCUCGGCACGGCACUACUAUCGCUACUACUCGUGGAACCACUGCGACGAACAGCGCGCCAGACUGGAAAACCUAGUCGAAUGACUAUCACAGCGUCUAGCGUCGCCUUCGCGGCCCCUGAGCAGGACAUCCUGGAGCCCAAAGGUGGAAAGGGCAUCAUUCCCUGGCUCGACGAUCCGGCUUCGUUUACCCCAGGUGACAGUCGCUAUAGCCUUUCAAAGUUGUUAGAUAUCCUGUGGACACGUGCCCUCGCCGCCCGUCUCGACCCUACCAAUAUCAUCCUCAAUACUCUCAACCCUGGGUAUUGCAAAAGUGCGUUCCACCGCGUAGAUGCGACCGCAGAAUGGGUUUCGAGUUUUCUGGCCUGGACUAGCGCCGAGGGUGGUUACCACUUAACGGAUGCUGUUGUGCGACACCCGGAUAGCCACGGUGAAUAUUUAAGUGAACAAAGGAUUAGACCUGUUCCUGGUAUCGCGUUGUCAGCCAAGGGCAAGGAGGUCCAAACGAAAUUAUGGGAUGAGACGAUAGCCUUGUUCAAAGCGGAGUGUCCAGAUGCUAAUAUCGAAGAAUUCACUAGAGGUGAAUAGGGGUUGACUGAUAGGUGGCGGGAAUGUGGGCUACUGCCGACAGACAUCUAAGAUAAUUCAAUAAAUGACGAGCAGCUACUUCCUGCCCACCUACUGCCCAUCCGGAGAUAUUAGAGAUUGCUGAGUGAUCGAAAGUAGGAAAUGCCUUAAUCAAUAUCAAAGGAUUUUAUCUACAACCUCAAACUAGAAGAUUCAUUAAAAUGACAUAUAGUUUGGGUAUAAAGCCCUAGCCCCUGACGUGUGUAGAGGCUCCUGCAAAACAUUGAAAUCGAGACUGGAGACAAAGAAUAACGGGAUUUUUAUGAGUGCGCACGUAACCUGAAUGCUGUAGAUGACCCUGAACCGAGCAUAUUCGAGGAUGGGAAGCCCCGGGGUUAGUCACAUGGCACCCAGCAAUGAAACCAACCACAUAUCGUUAACAAUCACCUUUAGAGAUGAUAAAGACCUACAAUGCCGACAGGUAAUGUAAUU